CGGAUUCACCAAGGCGGCUUGCGCCGGCGGCGUGACGUCAGCGCCAUAGAGCGCCGCCGGGCCUUACGCCGCUGGCGCCCCGGCCGUCCCUUCCCUGCUUGGCUUUGCUCAGAAGGCGAAAGAGCUUGAAAGGGACCGGAGCAGCAAAUGGGGCGCCUGGAGGGGGGCAGGCCCGGGGCCCCCCACCCCUGAGGAGCCAGGGGGAGGGGGAAGAAAGCCAGCUCGGACGUGAAGCGUUGCCGCAAGACAGCCGCUCUCAAUCUCCCCCUUGCCGCCAUGUCGCCGUUUUCGGAGACCAGCCUGCUGCAGGCGCCGGAAGGAACCCCCACGGCCCCUUUGAGGAGAGGACCCCCGGCCCACUAGCGCGGCACAUGCGGGUGACGGUCUGCCCCCUGGCGCCCUCCCCUCCUCCUCUACCCGGGAUGGUUUACUGACCAAGAAAAGAGAAGCGGCGUUUUCAACCUCCUUUUCCUCUUCUCUCGCUUUCGUGCUCCCCUUCCCCUCCUUCCCCCGACCCCCCUACCCCGCCCUCUCCCCGCCCUGACCCCCCCCCAGCCGGCCCCCGCAAAGUUUCGGCCCUCGGAUUUGCAUGGCAGCAGCGUAACCGUGGAGAGGCCAGGGUACCACAAACUUAUGGAUUUUGAUAAGAGAGGAGGCAAAGGGGACGCGGAGGAAGGGCGAAGGAUGUCUAAGACAGGGAGCAGCCGCAACACGCACGGGAGCCGGACGUCUGGGACCAACUCUGGAGUCUUAAUGGUCGGCCCGAACUUCCGUGUCGGGAAGAAGAUCGGGUGCGGGAACUUUGGGGAGCUUCGACUAGGGAAGAACCUCUAUACGAAUGAAUAUGUAGCGAUCAAGUUGGAACCCAUCAAGUCCAGAGCUCCGCAGCUCCACCUGGAAUACAGGUUCUACAAACAGCUGGGAAAUGCAGAAGGGAUACCUCAGGUCUAUUACUUUGGGCCCUGCGGGAAAUACAACGCGAUGGUCUUGGAGCUGUUGGGGCCCAGCCUGGAGGACCUCUUUGACCUCUGUGACCGGACCUUCACCCUCAAGACGGUCCUUAUGAUCGCCAUCCAACUGAUCACUCGCAUGGAGUACGUCCACACCAAAAGCCUGAUCUACAGAGACGUCAAGCCGGAGAACUUCCUGGUGGGUCGCCCUGGGAGCAAGCGCCAACACGUCAUCCACAUCAUCGACUUCGGCCUGGCCAAAGAGUUCAUCGACCCCGAGACCAAAAAGCACAUCCCAUACCGAGAGCACAAGAGCCUGACCGGCACCGCGCGGUACAUGAGCAUCAACACGCACCUGGGGAAAGAACAAAGUCGCAGGGACGACCUGGAGGCGUUAGGUCAUAUGUUCAUGUACUUCCUCCGGGGGAGCCUGCCCUGGCAGGGCCUGAAGGCGGACACGCUGAAGGAGCGAUACCAGAAGAUUGGCGAUACCAAAAGAGCCACCCCCGUCGAAGUGCUGUGCGAAAACUUCCCUGAGGAGAUGGCCACGUACCUCCGAUACGUCCGCCGCCUGGACUUCUUUGAGAAGCCAGACUACGACUACUUGAGGAAACUCUUCACGGACCUCUUUGACCGGAACGGCUACGUCUUUGAUUAUGAAUACGACUGGGCAGGGAAGCCUUUACCGACCCCAAUUGGCACAAUUCAGAGUGAUUUACAAGUCCAGGCUCCAAACAGGGAAAAGACUCAGCAGUACAUUAAACAACAGGUCAUGAGUUCGACCAACGGGGAGCUGAACACAGAUGACCCCACUGCCGGCCACUCUAAUGCCCCCAUCACCGCCCCCGCCGAGGUCGAGGUGGCUGAUGACACUAAGUGCUGCUGUUUCUUCAAGAGGCGGAAGAGGAAAACCACCCAACGCCACAAGUGACGUGAUCCCCUUCCCCGCUCUGGCCGAGGCCGGCGUCCCCUCGGGACUACGUUUUCACCCUCCGCCCCUCUUCCUUUUCACUUCCUGUCUGUGGAUAAUGGAUCUUGAUCCUUUGGUCGGAUGGGAGAGGACAGGGCUUCUCCCCUCCGCCUGCUCCAGAGUCGCAAGGGGUCCGUGUGGCGUGCAACCCGCCUUUGACUCCACUCGCAGGCUCACCCGGGGAGAGGAGGGGAAGCCUCUCCCCCACUCUCAGCCUGAAUAUAUAUAUAUAUAUUUCUUUUAUUUUCUUUCCCCUUCCUCCAAGAGACACAGCAACAGAGGGAAGCGGAACCGGCAGGAGGAGGAAGAAGAAGCACGUCGCUGAACUUUCUUUGGAAGUGCCCGCGCCCCUCCUUGGUUUUGCAAAGAGAAAAAAGCAUUAACUAUUUAUGCAGCUGCCCCCCUCCAAGGGGGGGAAAACCCCACACUUGUCUGGACUCUUCUCUCCCCGCUCACCUUGGUUUCACGGAAUUAUUUUUUUGGAAGCAAAAAAAGAACCCUGGGAAUCAGUUCUUUGCAGAAGAUUUGCUGGGGCGAUGCUGGGAAUGUCAGCUGCCGCUAAUAUUCCCUCCCCAUCCCUCCUCUCCUCCCCCCCCCCCUUUUGCUGUUUCUUUGUCUCUUUAACUUAAUUUAAAAAUUGCAUCUUAGUCUUUGCGUUUGUGGGACAGUCUCCUUAUUUUCUUUCUCCCCCCCCCCCGUUUUUGUAGCGAUGCAAACGUUUUUUGCAUCAUAUUUUUUUUAUUAUUUCAUAAAGUAUCUUUGUUUUAGGUUUGUGCCCCCCCUUCCCAACUCUCGUAAGUUUCUCCCCGCAACCCCUUUCGAUUUAGUUGUGGCCAAGGUCCUUUGGGGGAGUCAGGGGGAGGUCCCUGGGGUGCCCCCCCGUCUGGAGCACGGCGGGGGGGGCGCAAAGUGGGGUUUCGCGUCUGGGGAGGCUCGUUUACACUUCCGACUCUUCAUUUCUCAAUGCACUUUUUUUGGGUAGCAAUACAAGGAGCACCUGCGUCUCGGAAUUAACCGGGCUUUAGAGAAUUCUUUGGGGUUCGUUUUGCGGAAAGCUAGAUUCUCCUUUAACUAAAAAAAAGACCCACUGACUCGCUGGGGGUGGGGGGGGGCGCUUGGAUCUCAGGAACAGCCAAGAUGAGCCCCCAAAACGACUUCCGUUGCUAUGAGAAAUUUGGGGGGGGGUAGUUCAGAAAGGAGAGGGUUUGGGGUGGCCAAAGCCAAAAAUCGAAAUCUGAUCUUCGGGGGUCAAGCCUAGCCCCCUAAAAGUUCCAACUGGAACAGAUCUGUGGCAAAAGCUCCUUGGGAGGGGGUGAAAAGGAAACUUUGGCUGAACAAAUUCAUGUGAGGACAAUCCACCCUGUUGUUUUUGUGCCCCCCCCCCCAAAUACAGAUCAGACACAGUGA